CUCUUCUUGUCCGACUUCCAGUCGCGGUAGAGGCCGAAGUCUUCUGAUAUAACCGGCGCGCACGGCUCCUCUGGAAGUCAGUCGCGAUAGUUAGUUCCUCCGACUAGGACCAGGAUCCGGAUCGAACAGGGAUCCUUCGUGGAGGUGUACUCAUUUUUGGUGUGUCUGUGUGUGCUUUGUGAAUUUGGGGGAACUUGUUCUAAGAACAGCCAAAUAAAAGUGAAAAAUCAGUGCAUUUCGCAAAAACAAAAAAAGUGAGCCCAAAAUGCGUCAAUUCGUGACCGUGUUGGCCCUGGCCGGGCUCUGCGCCAUGGCCGGUGCCGUGUCGAAGCUGCAGGAGCGCUACAACUGGAAGCAGCUGGACUUUGUGUUCCCGAACCAGCGCCUCAAGCAGCAGGCCCUGGCCAGCGGGGAUUACGUGCCCACGAACGGGCUGCCCGUCGGGAUCGAGCGUUGGGAGAACAAACUGUUCGUCUCGGUGCCGCGAUGGAAGGAUGGCAUCCCCUCAACGCUCAAUUACAUCGACAUGAACGCGACCCCCUCGGGAUCCCCGCCCCUGAUCCCCUACCCGGACUGGGCCAGCAACGUGGCCGGCGACUGCGCCAACGGCCUCUCCACCGUGUACCGCAUCAAGGCUGACAAGUGCGACCGCCUGUGGGUGCUGGACACCGGUACCGUCGGCAUCGGCAACACCACCCAGCAGCUGUGCCCGUACGCGCUGAUCAUCUUUGACCUGAAGACGAACCGGAAGCUGCGCCGUUACGAGCUCCGUCCGGAGGACACCAACCCGAACACUUUCAUUGCCAACAUUGCCAUUGACAUGGGCCGUAGCUGCGAGGACACUUUUGCGUACAUGAGCGACGAGCUGGGCUACGGGUUGAUUGCGUACUCGUUUGAGCAGAACAAGUCGUGGCGGUUUGCGCACAGCUUCUUCUUCCCGGAUCCGCUGCGCGGAGACUUCAACGUGGCCGGGCUGAACUUCCAGUGGGGUGAGGAGGGUAUCUUUGGAAUGUCGCUGUCGCCGAUUCAAGCUGAUGGGUUCCGGACGAUGUACUUCUCGCCGCUGGCCAGUCACCGCGAGUUUAUGGUGUCGACCAAGGUGCUGCGCGAUGAAGCCGGAGUCGAGGAGAGCUUCCACCAGUUCCAGUACCUGAAGGAGCGUGGACCUAACGCCCAUACGACGUCGCGAGUCAUGAGCGAGUCCGGCCUGCAGCUGUUCAACCUGAUCGACCAGAACGCCGUCGGAUGUUGGCACUCGUCGCUGCCGUACAGCCCCGAGUACCACGGAAUCGUCGAUCGGGACGAUGUUGAGCUUGUCUUCCCCGCUGACGUCAAGAUCGACGAGGAGGACAACGUCUGGGUCAUCUCGGACCGCAUGCCGGUGUUCCUGAUCGCCGAACUGGACUACAGCGACGUCAACUUCCGAAUCUUCAGCGCUCCGCUCAGCACCCUGGUCUCCGGAACCGUCUGCGACGUCCAGCCCAGCUUCCCACGCGCCGGCGCCGUCCAACCCAAGUUCGGCGAAAACGACCUGGCCACCUUCCCCGGAACCACGCUGGUCCCGACCGGCUACACCCAACCCAUCAGCUAUACCCCGACCUCGUACGCCCCGACAACCGCCCCCGUCACCAAGUACGCCUCCCCCGCUUACGAAUCGCCAGCUUCCCCGCUUUACACGACCCAGCAAUUCCCCACAACCGCCAAGGCGUACCACUUCAACAAGUACCACGGCGUCGAGUACCAGACGCACGGUAACGGGCACGGCAACUACCACCACGGCGGACACGACCACGGUCACCACGGAGGUCACCACUACUGGAACGGUGCCGCGAACCGCAAGCAGGACUCGUGGAAGCAGUACUUUUACUAACGCGGAGCGGGACGUUUUCGGGGGGUAAGCGUUAGCGUUAACGCCAACCUCGAACAUCGCCCACUUCGUGGCACCUGUGAAUAGACUAGUUUAAGGCGCCUGUGGCGCAACCAGCGCACUCUGUUAGGGAAAUUUAGGUAAAUUAUUGAACGAUGUAACCCAUAUUCUGUAAACGGUAGGCGGAA